CACCUAAUGCUAACCUUUGUGCUUCUCCUCAGCGGUGGCUGCCAUCGCUGCUAUCUCACCUCGGGCAUUAUGGGAGUUCCGCAGCAUGAUCAAAUGCACCAUCCCAGACAGCCAACCUCUCCUUGAGUUUAACGACUACGGCUGCUUCUGUGGCUUGGGAGGCAGUGGGACACCCGUGGAUGAACUGGACAGGUGCUGUCAAGCACACGACCAGUGCUACAGCAAGGCAAAGUUGGUUUGUGCUGCCUCCAAUGACACCCCCUACACGAAGACAUACAAGUACUCCUGCGAGAACAAGGCCAUCACGUGUAGCAGUUCCAACAACGAGUGCGAGAUGCUCGUCUGUAACUGCGACCGCACAGCCGCCAUGUGCUUCUCCAAGGCACCCUACGACCCCGCUCACCUCCACCUGGACAAGAAGAAAUACUGCAGCAGUUAAACUGCA